UGAAGACGUUGAGAUUUGAGCAUGUUCUGGAUUACGCCACCGAUCUCGGUCUGGACAUAUGUACACUGUCUCCAUAUGAUCUCAAGUCAUACAGUCGGGUGCCCCUUGAGAAGGGAGGCGUCACGAUCUGCUUAGAAUGCAAUAGAGGAGAUCGUUGAAUUGAACGAGGUCAGAAGUACGAAAAGUUCUCGAUAACAGGAAGGUCAAACAAGUCUCAUGUUACACAGCAUUCGUGUUGUAGGACUUAGAGUCUGCACAUAGAAACACAUGAUAUCCAUUACGACAGCUGGUCGAAGACUUCAGGUUGCCGGUCUUUCAGCAAUCGCAGUAACAACGACAUCGUAUCUCGCCGCGAGAAUGUCAAGCUUUAGCCAGUCCAGCAAUCAGGACAAGCCAUGGAACGGUUCAGCUGUGCCGUACCAACCUCAACAUCAAGAAUGGCCAUAUGUUCGAGCAGACUUCAAACGCAUGGAUGAGAGCCCCGACAAUUCAUUCUAUAGCGAUAGCAGAUUCGUCACUCAUAUCGAUGACGCCGCCAUAGCAAGCCUCAGCAGAUAUUACGACAAUAUCUUGCCACGAAAAGGUCGGAUUCUGGAUCUUUGCAGCUCUUGGAUCAGUCACUACCCGCAAGCCGUAGAAAGUGCGGCAGAGAAAGGCGAUUUACAGGUCGUGGGCUUAGGGAUGAACCAGGCCGAACUCAACAAGAAUAAGGUACUCUCCAAGAGAAUACUUCAGGAUCUGAACGAGGAUCCAAACAUUCCUCUUACUGUAUGCGACGAACACGCUGUCAGUGGACUACAAAGUCUAGAUAAUACCAACAGUGAGAACGGAUUACUGGACUGUACGACUUGCGUUGUGAGCCUGGACUACUUGACUCGACCGAAAGAGGUUCUCGAGAGCGUCAAACAGCUGACCAAGCCUGGCGGCAGUUGUCAGAUUAUUGUGUCUUCCAGGAUGUUCCCUACCAAAGCCACUAGCGCAUGGAUAAAGCGGACGCCUGAACAGCGUCUGCAGAUGGUCGGAGACUAUCUGCAUUUUGCUGGGUGGAAGGACAUUGAGAUUGUGGACAUAAAAGCAGGAGAUGCUGCAAAUGCUCCAGCGGAGGACCAGGGCGGAUUACACGGCUUCAUGCAGAUGAUGGGCAUGAGCGGAAGCGAUCCACUGUGGUGUGUGAGGGCUUUCAAGCGAGACUAGACAUUGAUUAAUACAGGUGCCUGGUGUCCGAGUUCAGUGACUCGUAAGGAUCAGUGUAAUUCAACACAGAAAGUAGUGACUGGCGACCACCCAACUUUGGCAUGUAGAACAUACUACUUUGGCAAAUAGAACAUACUACCUUGCCUCUCGUCUCCU